AUGGCUCCUGCAUUUUCUGCGCCCGAUCAUGAAAUUCCGACCCAUUGUAAGGCCGGAGUGGUCAUCAACGAAGGUCCAGAUUUCGAGAUCCGAGUAGAAAUGGUACCAGUUCCCGAACCAGGUCCGGAUGACAUUUUGGUUCGACUGAACGCGACCGGACUCUGUGUGUCAGACAUCCACAUGAUGCAAGGUGAUCUAGGCACCCCACCGAUGUCAAUGUUUGGAGUACGCUCGCCAGGCCACGAAGGCGCCGGCGUCGUCGUUAAGCUUGGGGAGAACGUCAAGAAUUUCAAGCUAGGCGAUCGGGCAGGAAUCAGACCGUUGAUGGACACCUGCGGUGCCUGCGAGCUUUGUUGGGAUAAUAAGGAUCAGCACUGCGCCUCCGGUUUGCAUACCGGGCUUAUGGCCACUGGCACCUAUCAACACUACAUCGUCUCGCCUGCGCGAUACGCAUCCCCAAUCCCCGACGGUAUCCCGGAUGUGGUCGCCGCUCCGAUCAUGUGCAGCGCGACCACGAUGUAUCGCUCCCUGACAGAAUCUGGCCUCAAACCCGGCAACUGGGCCGUAUUCCCUGGCGGCGGAGGCGGCGUGGGUAUCCAAGGCGUACAACUAGCCCGAGCAAUGGGUAUGCGACCGAUUGUGAUAGACACGGGAGCAUCUAAAAAGGGUCUGGCACUAGACAUGGGAGCAGAGGCGUUCAUUGACUUCGCAGAAGUGCCAGAUGCCGCCGCGGCCGUCAUUGAAAAGGCAGAUGGCAUUGGAGCGCACGGCAUCUUCGUCACUGCACCGGCGGCUUACAAGUCCGCGCUCUCGUAUGUCGGCAAACGGAUUGGCGCUGUCCUCAUGUGUAUUGGGCUUGGUCCGGCCGGUUCUAUCACGAUCGGAGAGGAUCCCAACGCUUUUGCCUUCAAGAAUCUGACCGUGAAGGGAACGUUGGUCGGCAGCCGAAAGGAUACGGCAGCAGCGUUGGAUUUCGCCAGACGGGGGCAGUUGCAGCAGAUCAGUGAGGUCAUUGGGAUCGAUCAUUUACCAGAGGCUAUUGAGAAGCUUCGCAAAGGGCAGGUGGCCGGGCGAAUUGUCGUAGACUUCAACUUGAAGGAAUAG